CUGUCCGUGUAGUAGUUGCGCACGGAUGGAAUGAGCCAGAUGUUGCCUGGCAGUAAAAAGUCUUCGAUUGGUGUGUAAAGUGUAUAUUUCCGGAUUCAAAAUAUGUUUCGCGUUCAGGGAAAAACACAAGAAUAGUUUUGUGCUAAUUUCCGCGAAAAAAUAAGCAUGGUUAAAGGUAGAAAACGACGAAAAAUUGGCUGAAUUUUUGAAGGAUCGCUGGAUUCGAGCAGCAACAACACACACAGACGGAGCCGUAGAUUGUGGAGUAAAGAGAACGGAACCAACACAAGUCUUAUUGGGGUCCGGAGUAGCAGUGAUAGCGUGUGUGAAAGAGCAUCCGUUUGUUUAUGUGAAAUUGUUGGAAUUCCUUCGCCCAAUCCUCUAUGCUCUCAUGCUGCUGCCGAUGACGAUCCCGGUGUGUUGUUAUUCUGUUCGGUCCGCUUGAGGGUUUAGCACGUAUUUGGCGAGGUAUUGAUAUGUUUUACUAUUGCUGUGGAUCGUGCGCGAGAGGGGCUGAGGAAAAUAUUUCGUUACGAUGAGAUGAGGGAAGGAAAUUCGCAUUUCUCCCCGUAAGUGACCAGUAGCAUUGACCGGGCGCACUGUCGCCGAUCAAUUGUGUGGUGACUGCUUUAAUUGUUUAUCGUGAAAUGAUGGUUAGUUAUUAAUUAAAGUGGAUUCGAACCAAUGUGAAGCAUAUUGACGAAAUUUAGCGGUUCUUUGUUUGAACAGCAUGUGUUGUGUGUACAGAAUGUAGUUACAGAGAAGAGUACGGUACAAACUAGUGCAGCGAUAUUUAUUGAUACAGUGUCGUUCAGGAGUAUUGUGCACAUUUUUCGAAGCAGAAUUCGUUGAAUUAUUGUUGAUAUUUGUUUUCAACGCUAUGAUUCAGGAAUUGUGUUCAAAUAGAACGUCUUCGAUGAUGCGAUGACUGCAUCGCUAUUCAUCUGUUACAAAUUCUCGAAAGGUAUCGAGGUGCUAUUGCGCUAGGCAUGAAUUAGAAAAUUACACAUUCGAAGGAUGGCCGAAUUCCUACCACUCUGUGAUGUCCUGUUCAAUGUGAUCUCGCUGGCCGGCUACUUUUGCGACGUAGUGUUCGACAUCGUGCUCGGUUACGCACUAUACGAGCGACAGAAGUUCGCUUACUUUACCGCUGUUAUCGUUAUCGUCAGUUUCUCCCUCAUCAUCUCGCAGGUCGUUUCCGUACGAUGGUACCUGAACAAACGGAAGCUGAGAAGUUCUUCAACGGCAACUGCCGGGCCACCGCCGGAUAGUCCGGAAAAUAGUUUAGAGAAACGAAAGAAACAGGUGCCUGUAGAGAAAUUGACAAAAACCGCCAAAUACAGCCGCUACGUUGUCCUAGCGCUACACGCCACCCAACUAGGCGUUCUUUGGCGAUAUGCCAAACUUUUUGUGCCAGUGGAUCUGCGCCAUGUAAAACACGAGGUACGCGAUCUAUGUAUGUUACGGUUGGUGCACGCCUUCUGCGAAGCAGCUCCAAUGCUGCUACUGCAGCUAUAUGUGCUUGUCAACCUUCAGCACGAGAAUCAUCUCAGCGCACUGAAGCUCAGGGCUUUGGCCAGCGGGCAUCAUCUGUCCAGCACGGCGCUGGUACAACAGGCAAAUCUCGCAGAGCAGCAGCAGAAAACUUUUCGCGAUCUCAAUAUGGUUUCGGCGACGCUCUCGCUGUUCAGUGUGUGCUGGGCUUUGGCCAGUUUCAGCAAGAAUGUCCGCCUGCAAAACGUACACCGACUGGUGCUGACCUGGUUGGGAGUGAUCUUCCAGUUUCUCUGGCGUCUGGGUACCGUGAUAUCGAGGGUGAUAUCACUGACCGUCUACGCAUCAGUGUAUAGUCACUGGGUUUUCCUCGUGAUAAUUUUACACUGGUUUUCCAUGUUUCUGUGGCUUAUCUCACCAAAGAACGUCUUCCAUGGAGAACGAAUAUCCCGGCUGAAAAAGGUGAUGCUGGGCGGUUUGAUCGCGUUCGUGUAUAUUUUCGCAUAUAUCAAUCUGCAGGAAGUGCGGCAUCGACAAAAGAUGCUCACCUUCUACGUGGUUAUGUUUAUGGAGAAUUGUUUGCUAGUGUGUCUCUGGAUGGUUGGCAUCUGGCAUAGUCGCCCAGAGGGAUGGUAUACCGUACCUAUCUCAGUGUUAAGUAGCUUUGCCGUGGGUUUAUUCUUCAUGGUUGUGUAUUAUCGCUACUUUCACGUGCGACGGCUCGGUUACGAAGCCGGAGGACGAGCACCGUGUGAAGAGGUUGAGAAUAAAUGUGGACACUGUAAUGAAGCCUGUCGUUGUCUGGAAAGCUCGGAGCAUCUAGAGAUUGGUAAAGCCUAUGGAGGCUGUGGUGCGCAAAAAUAUCCGCACGCCAUUCCAGGGGUGUUCAAUUGUCGCUUUUCGAACCCGGUGAAUGCUGCCACCAAACGAAAAAAGAAGAAACCGACAACAUUUGUGCCCCCACCUGCUCUGGCGAUUCAAACCGGUGGAACAGAUCAAGCGGCAGCAAUCGGGCCAAUGGCAAUACCAUUUUGGCGAAGACCAUUACCAAGAUCGCACACGGGAGGAUCCAGCGAAAAUGAGGGAAGCAGCGUCGGUUCGAGGGUAAACAUUCAGCAAAAGUUGCAAGAGAAGAAACAGAAGCAGUUGGCUGAGUUGAAAAUAAUUGAGGAAGAGAUUAAACAGGGUAAAUUGGGAGGCCCUGGAACGGGAACGCUUAGCUCUGGUGAUGAUGGGAAAGCCACCUUACCGAGACAGCCGAUUCCUCGCGUGAAAAAGCAUAUCGAUAUUGACCCCAUGGAAUGGAGACCUUCGAGCCCCGACAUGGCAGAGAUUACUGUUGAAAAAUCAUUCAAUGAUCUCAAUCUGCUGCUGGCAGCGAAUUUAGACGAUGUAAAUAAUUUAAACAAAUUCAACUCCAACUAUGAUCCAAUCUACAACAGCUUUGGGCUAAACGGUAUAAACAUCUCAACGUUGGUGAACAUGAAGAACGCCGAAACACAACAAGCUUCUGUCAACAAUAGAAAUAUGUCCCCAAUAUCGUCUCAAAUAUCCGCCACGGAAAGCAACUCGCUCACGAGGCAAGUCCACCCGCGGUCAAAAAUACUGCCAAACAAUGUGCCAAGAAAUCCCUUCGAGAAUUACCGAGGGAACUUUGUUAAUCUAUAUGCGGACGCUGCGGCUAACAACAACCGGCCGCCUUCCAUUAGCCCCCGAACAACGGAGAUAGCGACAUCGAACCGGGCGGUGCUCUAUGACAACCACAGCCGGUUGUACAUGGAAGCUAGUCAUCCGCGGCAGAUUUCGGGGACAUACAGCAGUAUCGAGAAUGCAGGUACCGAGAAUUUGCCGUUCCCGUACAAUGUGAUUCCCCCGCCUCGGAGUAAACUGGACAGUCGAGCAACGCCAACAAUGUCUAACAAUCCAAGUGCAACCAAUACGGGCAGCAGUAGUGGGAACAAUAAUUCCAGUAACAAUGCUUCCGGUGCCGUUCCCGCUUCGGCCAUCAAUAAUCUUAACAAUACCAAACGACAAAUGCAAAGGGCCAAAACGCCGGAGAUUCUGCUGGCGCCACACUAUUUGGAAAACUCGCGAAUAUAUUAUGAUUGGGUGGCAAGGGAGGCGGCUAAUUUAAGACUCCAGGAAGCUGAACGCAAUCAGUCGGUGGUGAGUAGCGGUGACGAGAACCUAGACAAUAGUGCCGUUGACGAUGGAAACAACCUACAUCGUGUUCCAUCGGACAUUGACAGUCAGGUUUCUUUGCCCCGCUCCUACACGCUACCCCGCGAGUUCAAAUAUUAUCGACGGAACAAGGGCCGGAAGGUGAUAAAAAAUGAACACUUCAUCGCAAGCACUAACAGCAGCGAUGGCGAUGUGGACAGUGGGGAUGACAACGAAUCGGAGCAUCACUCGAAUGUUUCCAACAAUUCUCAACAGCGGCUGAAGAAUGCCACACCCAACUCGAACCUUGGUGCGGCACAAAAGCUACACAAUUUAAAUAAAACCUCAGCGAACGUCCACUAUGGUCAAAGCAGUUCCCCAAAUGCCACGCUGUUACCCAAUGGAGGUGGAUCCGCGGUGGUUUCAGUAGCCAAUUCGAGACAAACACUAAACGCAACCCCCCAAAAUCUGCACAUGGUCAACGGUUACGGGAAUAACCUGAUGACGUCAAACAGUGCAAAGCAGGUCCAUAGUCUGGAUUUGAUCAAUGGCGUUGACAGUGCGGCUGGUGGGUGUGCUGCUGCUGGUGGACCAAUGUCUUACAACAGCAGACCAAUGCGGUUGCGAAUGUAUGGUGCCAAGAACGGAAUGGUGCGCCACGAAACCAAGUUAUGAUUUUGACGUUAGUUUGGAUGUACAGAUAAUUUAUAUUGCUCUAAGAACUAAUUGAAAAGUUAUCUCCAGUAAAAAAAUACGUUGUAACUUGUGAUAUAAUUUUAACUCUUCUCAUAUUGAAGUUUUUGUUGCCUAUAUGAUAAGUAAUUACGAUACAGAAUUGAAGACUGCGGUUUAUAAAGGAUAUUCUACUAGUGUAGAUUUUAAUCAACAAAAAUGUUAUUUACUAACGAUUCGAAUUUUACCUUUAUGUGUAAUUUAUGUGAAAUAAUGUAGGCGAUAUUUUUUUUAUAAUAAAUUGUGCACAAUACUUUUUCUGUUUUCAAACAUUUAUUUAUAUUUUAAUUUCUCUUUGUUUGUGGAGGCUUAAUAUUUGUUGUUUCAUGGCAAAACAUUCAGCUCAUGAGCUAAGGAGUACCUUAGCCUAAGGACCUACUAUCCGGCCGGAUACCGGAUAUUACAAAAAAAAAUCUAUAAAUUCUCACUAACACAAGAUAAAUAUAUUUUUUUCCAAAUAAAUUAAUACUAACUUAUAACAUUAAUUCAUUAACAUUAUUUCUUUUAUUAUGAAUUUUUAACCGAUCGAUUAUACUUUAUUUCGUACACUAGGCCAACUUCAGAGAACAGUCUUUCUUUGUAAACACUACUGUAAAGAGCUGAAAGAUAAACUCUAUCAAAUCUUGCCAAUUUGGGUACUUCUUAGAGUUUAAUGCCUACCGAACGUAAGAAACGUUUGAAAUGUUUUCGAAUAACACUCGAUUUCGUUAGCAAUGAGAUUUUUUUUUGUUUUUCAGGUGGAAUGAACAAGUUUUUAAAACUAAAAUUAUGAAUGAAAAUUAAUUUUUCCGUAUCUAAUUAAUAUUCUAUUAAAAUGAAAAACACUCUUUUGUAGUUGGUGAAAAAAAGUCACAGGAGGGUUGUGUCCGAGACACGACCGCAUAAUUGACGUAGGAUUCCGUUAGAUUAUCUGUUGAUUUUGGAUAAUUACAUCGUUAAACUUUUUGAUAAUGAUUAGGUGGACCUGAAAAGGGCCGUUUUGUUUGGUUGUUGGGUAUUUGUUCAUUCCACCAGUGUUUAAUGGGUGAUGAUGACAGAAGGAUGAUAAACAGUCGUUGGAUGGUGCGUAUCAGAUAAAGGAUACC